AGGAACAUGGAGAAUAUCGACCCUGAUAAAACUCCUGGCUUUGUGCUAGAAACCAUCAAGCUCUUGAACUACUGUCUGAAUCAGAUAAAGAAGAAGCCUGAGGAGCAAAGCACUCUGCAAUCAGUGGUACAGCACUGCCUGCUGCUCUGUGAAAACCUCUUUGACCCUUAUCAGACAUGGCGAAGACGGCAGGCAGGGGAGGAGGUCAGCAUGCUGGAAAGGAGCAAAUAUAAAUUCUCCUCUCUCACCCUGCCAGAGGAGCUACCUGCAUUCUUUCAUGACUGUCUGCAGGAGAGUGAGCGGAUUCCCGAACCUCUACUCAUUCGGCUGGUGCAUCUACAGGGUGCGAUCAUCAGCGGGUGCAAGAAGAAUGGCCUGCUCUCCAUCACCCCCUAUGCAGUGGAGGAUCUUAUGUCUGUGCUGCGCUCGUGGUGCCUCCGUCCUGCGCAAGAUGAGACCAAAGACCCACAAGUGUUGCGGGUUACUCUGCGCUGCCUGACGGCCAUGAUCCAUCUGCUGCACGGCAGCAGUCCUGCCGAAAGGCAGGUGGAGAUUAAGACCGUGCUCAACAACUAUUUCCAGCUGCUCAACUGGAGCAGACCACCAGUGAACGAGCAGGGAGAUGGCCUCGUCUGGGAGGAAAGCAUCAUCACCCUGCAGACACACAUGCUCAAUGCCAUCCCGGAGAUCCUGCAGUGUCCUGACCGGCCCGUCCUGCAGGCCAUUUUUCUGAACAAUAACUGUUUCGAGCACAUUCUCCGGCUCAUCCAAAACAGCAAGCUCUAUCAAAGCAGCAGGGGUAGAUCAGAGUAUGAGGCUCAGUGUGACCUCACCAUGCGUUUGCUCACAGAAGCCGAAGUGGAGCAGGUUUGGGAAAAAGGGUCUGACGGUAUUACAGUACAUGCUAUUGGAGUCCUUACCGCCAUCAUGAGCAGCUCACCAUCUGCCAAGGAGGUCUUUAAGGAGCGCAUUGGAUACUCCCAGCUCUUUGAUGUUUUAAAAAGUCAAGGGCAGCCGACCAAAAGGCUCCUCCAGGAACUCAUGAACAUGGCAGUAGAAGGAGAGCACUGCCAGGCUGUCCCGCUGGGAAUCAGUAACGAGCAGCCCCUGCUCCUGCUUCUGCAGUGGCUUCCCGAGCUAGGUUCUCGCUCUCUGCAGCUGCUGGUGUGCGAAUGGUUGUUGGCCGUGUGUCGUGGUUCUUUGGCGUGUCGCUCCGUGGCUGUAGAAGCUGGCUUGGUGGACGCCGUGCUGGAUGUGCUGAAGCAGGGUCCCGAGCGGCUUGAACGUCAGUGUGCCGAAGCUCUACUGGGCCUGGUGCAGGAGCUUGGCUCUCUCUCGCUACGUCCUCAUCAUCUGAAGACCCUCCUGAGCCUGCUUCGCACAAACCCGGGCUCACCACCUCACCCUUACUGCACUUGCACCGUACGGGCACUAGCUGCAAUGGCCGCCCACGCCCACACAGGCAGUAGUGCUCUGCAGUACUUUGACCUCAGUCCACCCAUGGCUGGCAUCAUGGUGCCCGCUAUCCACCGUUGGCCAGGUAACGGCUUUGCCUUUCAUGCCUGGCUGUGCCUUAACACCAACUUCCCUCCACCAGUGCAGCAACAUCAUUCUGAGUCUCAUGUCACCGCCCCUGACAAUACACUCCGCAUGACCAAGGGCCCUCGUCGCAAACAGCUCUACAGCUUCUUCACGGCGAGUGGGACAGGGUUAGAGGCUUUCUUUACCAUGGAGGGAGUGCUGGUGGUGGCUGUGUGCACCAAGAAAGAGUACAUGGCUGUUUCACUGCCUGAGAUUCCCCUCAACGAUGGUGUCUGGCACUCCCUAGCUAUAGUGCACGUCGCAGGUCGAAGGCCGUUCGGACAAAACCUGGUCACUAUCUAUAUCGAUGGAAACCCAUGUAAGACAGCACAGCUGCGUUUCCCUACACUCAGUGAGCCUUUUACAUCCUGCUGUAUUGGUUCGGCGGGUCACCGCACCACCACUACCACCACCUCCCCGACUCUGUCUUCCCCAGUCCACUCAUCCGAGCUGUCCUUCGGUCCUCCAGCUCUCAUACGCUCUCAGUCUUUCCCAGCCUCGUUUUCUGCAGGCGGGGGAGGACGCUGGGGUAUGGGCAGGGAGGUCCCAGUCUACACCAUUCCCGCAGGACUACAAGACACAGAGUGGGGCUCACCAUCAUCGCUGGAUGGCCUGCUGGGCACCGCCUUCAUUUGCCACGAAGCACUGCAACCUACACAGACACUUGCACUCUAUAAGGCUGGUCCCAAUUGCGUGUCACUAUUUAAAGCAGAUGGAGAACUCUCUGAGCUCUGCAGUAAACUCCUGUUGUACUACACACCUCAGGCGUUUAAAAACCAGAUCUGUCUGGAUCUGUCUCCCAACCACAUGUAUGACGGCAGACUAACCGGACACAGGGUUGCCAACUGGGAUGUCAAGGACGUACUGAACUGUGUGGGUGGAAUGGGGGCUCUGCUGCCCCUGCUUGAGCAGGUUUGCGUGCUGGAGCAGGGUGAGACCGCGGCGCAGGACACCUCUGACCUACUGGGAGCAGAUCUCCCCUCCCCCAGGAGUCCUGCAGGGAUGCUGCUCCCCCUGGGAAAAUCCUGUGAGGGCCGCUUGGAAAGGAACAGCGUAGCUGCAUUUCUCCUCAUGGUUAGGAACAUGCUGCGUAAUCAUCCAGUCAAUCAAGAGAGUAUCCUUCAGUGCCAUGGACCAGCCAUCAUAGGAGCCAUGCUCGGCAAGGUGCCCAGCACGAUGAUGGAUAUGAGUGUGUUGAUGGCAUGCCAGCUGCUGCUGGAGCAGGUCUCCAGUGAUGGCAACAGCACUCUGCUGUCUCAGCUCUACCAGCAUCUCCUGUUUGAUUUCCGUAUCUGGAGCCACUGCCACUUUGCAGUCUGCCUCGGUCACAUGCAGUAUCUGUCCUCUGUAUUGAAAGAGGGCAAACAGAAAACACGCAAGAAGUAUGGUGUUCAGUACAUCCUGGACUCCAUUCGCUCACACUACAGUGUGGAGAAGGAUGGCAGUGCUUUGUCAGAUGAGAGGAAGACAGUGCAGACGUCUCUCUUUGAUCUACUGAAAGAUUUCCUGUUGAAGUCUUCCACUACAAAGGAGCUGCACAGUGUUCUGGCUUACACUGCAGUAGUGCAGGACCAGCAGCAGGCGAUCAUGCUGCUGGAUGUUUUGUACGCUGUGCUAAGGAACAGUCCCCAGGCUCUGUCUGUGCUGCUGGAGUGGGGGGUGGAGCAGCUCUUCUGUCUGCUGCUGAAGCCCAACUUCAAUGAUGAAGUACAUGAAAGAGUGUUCAGGAUCAUGUACAAACUGCUGAAGAGUGAGCGAGUCACCGAGCGCAACAAACAUCGGGUCAAGCUGCGAGAGCCCACCUAUAUGGGCCUGGUCUGCUUCCUGGAGGAGUUCCCAGUCUCAAUGACAAUAAUCCGCUGCCUGUAUGAGCAGGUGCUGGCAACAGAUCCCUCACCCAGCUUCAGAGACCUUUUGGCAGUUGUGUACCUGUCCCACAGGGCAGAUCUCACUGUCCGACUGGAUAUAUGCCGCAAGCUUUUCUACCUGAUCUACUCCAACGAGGACUACAUAAAGCAGCUGGCCCGGCAGCCUGGGUGGCAGGACAUUCUCACUAAACUCUACGUCAAAGAGUCCUAUGAGUCUCGUACUACCAGCCUAUCCAGCCCUCACCCCUCACUGGAGCCUAUUCCCUCCAGGCCCCUCCUCCGAAGGGAUGACAGCAUGCUGGAUGGCCCUCGCUCUGACGUCUUCAUCCCCUACACUUCCCGGCUUGAGGGAGCAGAGGACGAGGAUGAUGAAGUGGAAGAACCGUCUCAGGAUAUUCCCGAGAGUUAUAUUGAACUGUCUCAUUCUCCUCCUCCAGGAGGUCCGCUGAAGAGCUUCGGUGACACGAUGAACUUUAAGUCUUUCGACUCGGUGGAUUCGGUGGAACAGGGCAGCCGUUCGUCAUCCCUGUCCAACACGGUGGAGGUGCCAUCCACAUCGCAGCUCCCGGAGGAAGAUGAAACAAGUCCCUAUCAGCUGAACUCACCCUUUGGUACGUCGCCUCUUGACCCGGAGCUGGGAGUGCACAGAGGAUUACAGACUCCAGAAACACCAUCUCCUCUAGAACCUAACAAGCCCUUUAUUGGGCUCAGGGUGCGCAAGAGCUCCAGCUUGUCUAAUGUAUUGGAUGACACCAGCUACUGCACUGAGCCUCCAACAGCCGACACCGUUUCUAACAACUCCAACCCACAGCAGCCCCCAGAUGAGGAGUUGUGCAACUUGCUGACUAACAUUGUGUUCCGAGUGCUGUGGACCGGCACAGAGGGCACGGAAGAUGCAGUGUGGCGAGAGAGAGGGCAGGUUUUCUCUGCUCUCACCAAACUCGGCUCCUCCUGGCAGCUUGUGCGCCCCCCAGAUGAUAUCAAGCGCAAUCUUUUGGAGAUGAUGCUGGAGUCAUCUCUUUCAGACCUGCGGGACUCUCAGGGCAUGUCAUUGCCUCAUAUUCCCUCCUUGCUUCGCCUCCUCAGACUGCUUCAGGAUUUUCUGUUUGCCGAGGGCACUGACAAUCAAUCACUGUGGAGCGAAAAGAUCUUUGAAGGAGUGGUGAAUCUGCUCGACAGGCUGCAGGCGUGGCACACCACUUCUGCAACAGCAGGAGCUACAGAGCUCAAACGCAUGGCACAGAUCGGCCUGUGGAUCAUUACUGGAUACAUACAGCAGCAGAACUCGCAGGUGUGUGAGAUGGCAUGUGUGAAGCUGCACAGUCUGCUCCAGACUGUUUUAUGUCUGUCAUGGGAGGAGGUGUGUUUCCUGUUGGGCCGUCUCGGAUCAACUCUGUGGCCUGAAGAAGGCAUGUCUCUGACAAUUGGUACAGCGGGCAUAGAGGCAGUGUUGAGGCCCCUGGUGCCAGUGGUGCGCACACUCCUGGACCAGCACGCCGACCCCACCAAGCUGCAGCAGCUUCUGCCCAGCCUUCCUCCCACCAAUGGCAGCGCCACCUUCGCCCAGGACCUGCUGACCUACUGUAAUACCGCUGAGUGGCAGCUUUUCUACUGCAACCAUGUCCGACCCACCAUGCAACAAUAUGAGGUAGACACUUUUGGGAAAAGUCAUGACUUAUUGUCCAACUUUUGGAACUCGUGUUUUGAUGACCUAAUGAGCACCGCUGAUAAGAAGCACAAGGACAAAGCAGAUUUCAAAGCCAAGUUCCAGGAGUCGAUUGUAGACCCAUACCUGAAGCGUGUACGCAUUGAGAACAGUCGCUAUUUUAGUGCACAAAAGCUGAAUAACAGCCAGCAAGAACUGGUGUGGAAGCACUGGAGAUCCCUGCGCAGGCUGCUCACCAGUGAGAGAGGAACUUGGGCAAACAGAGAUCAGACAAAAGUGAAGUGGAAGCUGUCUAGUGCGGAGACAUACUCCAAGAUGCGUUUGAAGCUUGUGCCCAACUACAACUUUGAUUCCCACUGCGAGGCCAGUGCACUCCGGGAUAACAUGGGAGCCGAGAGCCCUCGCAGUUCCGCGGAGACUCUACCAUUAGCUGUGGCUAAGGAAGCAAAAGUGAGUGACAUGGAAGACGAUCAGCUGGAGGAAGAAGACCUUUGCUUCAUCAACAGCCAGGCGGAGGAGGUGGAGGAAGAGAGCCAACAGGAGAAGCUUGUGCUUUCUGAGGACUGUGAGCUCAUCACCAUAGUGGCUGUUGUAACGGGUCGCCUCGAGGUCACCACACAUCACAUCUACUUUUAUGAUGCCAGCAGUGAGAAGGAGGAGACUGAGGAAGGGAUAGGCUUCGAUUUCAAGCGGCCACUGAGUCAGCUGAGAGAGGUCCAUCUGAGGCGCUAUAACCUGCGCCGAUCAGCUCUUGAGCUUUUCUUUAUCGACCAAUCUCACUAUUUCAUCAACUUCAGGAAAAAGGUGCGGAACAAAGUCUAUUCCAGGAUUCUCGGCCUUCGACCACCGAACCUCUUUUACUUUGGUUCCCGCUCCCCUCAGGAACUCCUCAAAGCCUCCAAUCUCACUCAGAAAUGGGUGUGCAGAGAGAUCUCAAACUUUGAGUAUCUCAUGCAGCUCAACACUAUUGCCGGUCGCACCUACAACGAUCUGUCGCAGUACCCUGUGUUCCCUUGGGUGCUGUGUGACUACACAUCUAGUGUACUAGACUUAGAAGAUCCGGCUGUAUUCAGAGAUCUGUCUAAGCCCAUCGGAGUGGUGAACCCUCGCCAUGCCCAAGAUGUCCGAGAGAAGUAUGAGAGCUUUGAAGACCCCGCAGGAACCGUUGAUAAGUUUCACUACGGCACACACUACUCCAACGCAGCAGGCGUCAUGCACUACAUGAUCCGCAUGGAGCCUUUCACCAGUCUGCACAUUCAGCUGCAGAGCGGCAAGUUUGACUGUGCAGACAGACAGUUCCACUCAGUAGCAGCAGCAUGGCAGGCUCGGAUGGAGAGCCCCGCUGAUGUGAAAGAGCUCAUCCCUGAGUUCUUCUACUUCCCAGAAUUCCUGCAGAACAUGAAUACUUUUAAUUUGGGCUGUCUUCAAGUAAAUCAGGACCAUGUCAAUGAUGUUGUACUGCCGCGCUGGGCCUCUUCCAGAGAAGAUUUCAUCAGAAAACAUCGCCAGGCGCUGGAGAGUGAGCAUGUGUCUGCCCACCUGCAUGAGUGGAUUGAUCUGAUAUUUGGCUAUAAACAGCGUGGGCCCGCUGCUGUGGAGGCGCUCAAUGUGUUCUACUACUGCACGUAUGAAGGUGCUGUGGAUCUGGACGCCAUAGCCAACGAGACUGAACGCAAGGCUCUGGAGGGCAUCAUCAGCAACUUUGGGCAAACACCAUGUCAGCUUCUCAAGGAGCCCCAUCCUCCCCGUAUGUCAGCAGAGAACACGUCCAGACGUCAGGCACGUUUCGACACACUGCCUCUCAACAUCUUCGAGCACCUGGACAAACUGAGACCAUUCGUCGAGGCGGUGCACGAUGGUGUGCCACUAGUGCAGGCGAUGGUGCCAAGAAAUCAGACCCGCUCCUUCAUUAUCCCUGGGUCUGAUGUCCUGGUGACUGUGAGUGCUAAAGGACAGAUAGGAACACACAGCUGGCUGCCCUAUGACAAGAACAUCGCCAAUUAUUUUACCUUUACUAAGGAUCCUACAAUGAGCAAUCCAAAAACACACCGGUUCCUGAGUGGUCCGUUCUCCCCAGGGGUGGACAUUGGGGCCCAGGUGCUGGUGGUGUCUAGUGACGCCCGCCUGCUGUUCAGCGGGGGACACUGGGACUGCAGCCUACGUGUCACCACACUGACCAAGGCCAAACUAGUGGGCAGAAUCUGCCGUCACGUAGACGUGGUGACGUGUCUGGCUUUGGACCUGUGCGGUAUCUACCUCAUCUCAGGCUCUCGUGACACCACCUGCAUGGUGUGGCAGGUUCUCCAGCAGGGUGGUUUCUCCUGUGGUCUGUCUCCACGACCAGUGCAGGUGCUGUGUGGUCAUGAUGCAGAGGUCACCUGUGUCGCCAUCAGCACUGAGCUGGACAUGGCUGUUUCAGGAUCAAAGGACGGGACCGUGAUCGUGCACAGCAUCCGACGAGGUCAGUAUCUACGCACGCUGCAUCCUCCCUAUGAGAGCUGCAUUUCGGUCCGGGUUAACCAGCUGCAGGUGGGAAUGGAGGGCCACAUGGUGGUACAGACCAUCCUGGAGGGCUGUGCUGCAGGGAAGGAGAAGUGCGGACUGUAUGUGUACUCUGUGAACGGCACGCUGAUGGCGUCUGCGGUGCUGGAGGAACCAGUGUCAGCACUCUGUUUGGUUUCUGACUACCUCAUACUGGGCACACUACAGGGCAACCUGCACAUUAAAGACCUGUUUAGCAUGGAGCAGGCUGCUAAACCCUUGGCACUGAAGCUCCCUAUUUGCAGUGUAUCAGUCACCAAGGAGAGCAGUCACAUUCUGGUGGGAUUAGAGGAUGGCAAACUCAUCGUUGUGGGAGCGGGGAAACCAGAGGAGGUGCGUUCAAGUCAUUUAUCUCGGCGGAUCUUCGGAUAUACACGCAGAAUCUCUCAGGUGUCUGCAGGAGAGACUGAGUACAACCCUACUGAGAAUGCUGGGAAAUGAGCAUCAUGUCCCCUUCAGACCAGCCUUCAAUAGGCUUUUUGUCACACACACACACCCACAUCCCUAAGAUGCUGACCCUCAGCACAGGUCUACAUACUUGGGGCUGCUGCUCUGGUUUUUUGGAAUAAAGCAGAGUUGUCCAUAGCUGCACUUUAGAAAACAAAGAAACAUUUCUAUUUUAUUGUCUUGCAUUUUUUUUUUUAGCAAGUCAUUCCAAAGAUUGAAAGUCAGAGAGAGACUUAGAAUCACAUGAACUGGGAUGUGAGAGUCGAGUCAAUCUCAGAGCUGGAGAUUCUGGAAUAACAGACGCUUUUUACUCUGGGCACAAAGCUGAGGACACACACACGCACGCACUCAAACUGCUGGACAUGACCGGAGUGUAUCAUCUGUGACAAUCGCUCCUGCGACUGUGCAAAACUUUAAUUCGGACAUUCCUGCAAGCUGAUAUGUUAUCAACACCACUUGUCAGUGUGGGAGAGACCGAGAGAGAGGAAGAAAGAGCAUUCAUUUAUGUUUUUGAACGAGUGCGUGUGAAUAUCCUGUGCUUACACACUGUUGCUUAAAGCAAUAAUCAAUGCACAGAUUAUGUUUAGUCCUUUUACUUUUGCUUGAUGUUAUGCUCUUAAUGCACUCUGGAGUUUUUAAAAACGUGUGCCUUAAAAAUUCUGUCUAGUGUUUAUAUUGUACGACACUGUUACACAAUUCUAUAUUUGUAAUCACAUUUUUAUGUUUCACUCAUGAUGGUUGCUUGUGUGUGUGUUUUUUUUUUUUUUUUAAAUAGAGGUCUUGUGCACUGGUUCCAGUUUUUUUUUCUAUUUCCUGUCAUAUGAAAGUGCCUUUCUGAAUGUAUACUUUCUUUAAUUCUUAUGAGUCAGCCCUCCUUCUGUCUUUUCUCUUCUCUUUGUUCCUGCACUGAUUUCUCUUAAAGUGCCUCGACACCUAAAAUCAUUCAAACCGUAUGAGCCUUAGCAAUACAUGAAAUGGCUUUUACACUGGUCAUAUGGACUUUUACACAAGUCUUGGCGUUAGGCAGAAUGCCAGCCAUUUCGAGUCGCCUGCACUGGUAUGUUUUUCUUUUUUCUUUUUUUUUUUUUUGGUGAAACACUGAAUCCUUUGAAGAGUGUUGGGUGUCUGUGGAACACAUGGGAAUGCAGCCAUGCUGGGCUCAAGCUGCAAUAUCAAACCCCCCCGCCCCUCUCCUCCACGCCCCAGCCAUGUAGACUCUUUACCACCCAGCUUUCCCAGCUCACUUUUUCUACUGCUGUUCACGUCACAUGAUCGAUAUUUGGUGCCUUUUAAACGCUCACGAAUGCUGUUUUGUUUGAUUGUACACACCUCAGCACACAUGCAUACACUUUUCCUAUUCCAGCGUACUACAAUUUGCUCAUCACGCUGAAGCAAUGUCCUCUAGUUUGUCUUUCAAGUCAACACUGCUGUGCAGAGUGAAUGAGUCUUUUCAUGUUUGCACCACUGCCUGUCUUCUAUUCAUGCCCUGCACUCCGCAUAAACACGUUGGGAAUAAGUGAUGUGAGGAGAUGCCCUGCGGUGGGCUCUGGCACGCACGCUGUUGGGAGAUUUGUCUUUACACCAAUUCAUAUUGCUGAGAUCAGUCUUGUAGCUGGCUGGUGUUUAUUAACCACCACACACAUUUACAUUUACAUUUAGGCAUUUGGCAGACGCUCUUAUCCAGAAACAGCGGCAACUUGGUGGUUGUGGGGUUUGAACCUGGGAUCUUCCGAACCGUAGUCCAGGGACACAUUACAGUCUGUCUCUUUGAAUUUGUUCUUUUUUUUUUUUGGUAUGUAUAUAAGUGGGUGUGUAUUGAGAUAAAAUACAUAAUGUUUCCUUAAUUGUCCUGUUGCCUCAUUUUGUAUUGAACUUGAACUAAAGAUCUCGUUUUAGACAAUGAUAUGUAGUAAAAGAAGGAAUAAUACCUGGGGAUAAGGUUUGGGUUUAUGGUUUAUUCUGCUCCUAUAAUAUUCAGUAUCCUAAUUUCCCCAGGGUGGGAUGAAGUGCAAGCCUUCUAUUGACAGGUUUAAAGUUGUGCAGCACUUUUGUUUUGAUUUUAUGUGAUGAUGUUUAUAAACAUGCAAUUUGUGUACCAGACUAAGGCACCAGGUCCAAGGGCAUUGUUUAUUAGUCUGGAAGAUGAAUUCUUUCUCCACAGAAUGUAACCAAAAAGAAAUACAACUUUCCACUUUAGAA